GGGAAGUGAAAACAAAGAGCCACCUUCUCGAAGGAGUUGAAUUCGUUUGCCACCCCCUGGAAGGGUGGUGAUGUUUCUUCGUCUGCACGACUACCGUGUUUAUGUGUGUGUUUGUGUGUGAGGGUUUUUUUUGUAGGUUUUUUUUGUUGGGUGUUCUUUCCCAUCUACAAGCAAAACCCACAUGGUAGCACAUGGCGAAUGAACGGGACGGUAAACAAAAGGACGGAUAGCGGAGUUUGCGGAAUGGGCAGGAAACACGAAACCAACCAAAUCAUCAUGUCGCCUGUGAGCCGUCUUUUCGAAGCCACAAACCGUUCCGAGUGAAAAUAAAGCAAUUACGGUGGAUUAAAAAUUAAACCCCAAACCAACACAAACACGCCAUGCACACACGGGUCCAUGGUGAUGAUGAUGAUGAUGAUGUAAAUGAUUCAUUGUGCUUCGUUACACUCUUAUGAAGUUGCAAGUUUCGUUCGUGCUCAUAGUAAAAGCGAACUUUCACCACCUUUUUGCCAAUCAAACAACAUCGGCGCACAGGCCAAUGUAUUCGUGUGACGAUUAGUGGCACUUAAAAAGCUCGCAACUGCUGCAACUGCUGGAAAUGUAUACUCAUGAUCGAAGCGGAGGGGAUGAAGGACGAUAGAAUUGCUGGUGGCAAAUGUACCUGCUGGGCAAACAAAUUUAAUUCACCACUGCAUUGCCUAUCGGAAUCGAAAAUCAUUUAAGUGAGUGCUGUGGCGUUAAAACAUGAAAGGAAAAUAGGCAAAGGGUACAGGAGUAUACUGCCGUGAUGAAGUGCAAAAACAAAUAUCCGGAAUGGAUGUAUUCGAGUGUGUACAUAGUGUCGGGAACGUAUUCGAAUAUCACGUUGAGUGGAAGCGUUUGAAAAGCAGACUGGGUAUCAUGAUUGUAGUUUUUUCUCUUUAAAAAAGACAAAUCUUAUGUUCAAAAUAGCUCAUUGUCUUUCUUUUACUAUCAAGUUCCAUACUUUCGUUAGCCAACAGCAAACAACCUUCAAUGAAAUAUUUGCAUAAGCAGGAGCAAGCGAGUAUUGUCAUGAAGAUUGCAUAAGUUUUGGCGUAUUAAAAUUCAUUAAGACAAAAAAACACGUCAAAGCAAUAAUUUAUUUGCACUAGAAAAUGGAGAAUGGAAAAACAUGAACAAAAUCUAAGUUAAUAAGACAUUUCCAUUUUCCUUUUUUAAAGUCUGAUCAGCAUAAGUCUAGUUUUACUUAGUACGAUAAUUAUUUACACGUUAACAGUUUGGCAAAGAUUUUUAAAUAUAGAAUUUUAAUGAUUUUACGUUUACACAUUUUUAUCCUUUUUUAAUCUAUCUUCUUGCGCGACACUUUACUUGAUCUUAUUAAAAAAAAUAGUUAGCCAUUGUUAGACUGGUAGCUAAUCUCCCUGACACGUGUUACCGCAUGUUUGUUCAUCAAAUAGAUUGUGUGUCAAAUCGCUACAUAUGUGUGUUGAUCGAAUCAACACUACUCAUCAUAAUAAAUCAAACCUAUAGCUGUCAGUCAGCGCUGUAGUAAGCAGACAGGUAUGCCAGUAGGCCAUCUGGUUAAUCGAUCGUCCGUAGCGUGGUGGUAAAGCUUUCCCCAAAACAUGCGCGUACCAGGUGGCGCUCGGUUAAGAAACCGAGCCGACAACAUCACACUGACAGCAUUGUUUUCGCCUGUCAAACGCAUCUGAAACGGCAAAAGCGGUGUGCUGGUGGUCCACAAUAACAACGUUGGUGAAGGGUUGCACUUCCCCCCACCCUUUUUUUCUGGCGCUCGUACUAAAUCAACACUUCUAUCCAUUUAUGGCAGCAAUGUGGUGAUGGUGUUGUUUGGCAGCAACAGCAGCAGCAACAACAACAGUGAAAACAACGCUCGGUAACCGCGACAGUUCGGAAGAGCAAACAAAUAAACAACAUGGAAGUGAAAUAAAUUCAAACCGAAAUUGAAACCGAAAUCUCUGCUGGUGGAGCAUGCGAAACAUUGCCGCAUCGAUGCGCGACUACCGUGUGGCACCAAUACAGCGGACCUAACAAGCGACGCUUGGUGUGCUACAUUUGCGAUCGUGCAAACGUGAUGUAUGUGUGGGUGUGUGCAUGAGUAGUGGGUGGAAAAGUGUAUGUGUGUAAUAUCCAUCCCCCAACAAAAAGAGAGGGCCGUAGCUUAACGUGUCGGUGUGUGGGUGUGUGAUCGUAUAGUGAAAUCGUUGGUCCCAUUCGGGGAGGAUUAAAUGUGAGCGCGUGAAACCUUUGCGUAGCGAAACGGAACCGGAAACAAACGUGCACGUUCACGUGGCACCCUGUGGCACUCCGUAGCUGUGAACGAAUCCUUUCCUCCUACCCCAGCAGUGUGCUAACGAGCCCGUAUACGGAGACUGCACGAUGACUAAUCUCGUUAAUACCAACCUGGGAUUUAUUGUCUUUGGAUUAAUUUUUGCUUCAUUCUACGGCAGUGCAACGCGAAUAUUCGACAUUGAAAACAUCCCGGUCGUUAAAUACGUGGCUGUUGCCGGACGGAACGUUACCAUCAGCUGUCCUGGAGUGAACGAGCACUCACUAAUCGAUACGCUCAUUUGGAAAACCACACAAACCGUGGCAGAGUACGUUAAUGGGUUGCCCCUAGUAAACAAUCCAAGGAUCACACUACUGCCGGACAACUUCAGCUUACACAUCAGUCCGACCAGCUCGGCCGAUACGGCGGAAUAUACCUGUUUGUUUAACGACCGUCACAGUCCGGAAGCGAUUGCCGAUCUGCUAGUGCAAGAUGUGCCAGAUCCACCAGGUAGACCGCUGGUGGUAAGCUUCACGUCACGUUCCGUCGAUUUAUCCUGGGCCCAUUCGCAGGACGCACGGAACGCACCGGUUACGAAUUUCAUCAUCGAAACAAGGGUCGGUGAAAAUGGCGACUGGAAUCAGGUAUCACCGAUUUACACCAAGUCCAAUUUGGCAUCGUAUCAGGUGACGGAUCUGCUCCCAUUUACCGUGUACAGCUUUCGUAUCAUCGCUGUUAACGAGCUGGGCCACAGUGCACCUUCAAAGGAGUCGUACUACUUCGUAACGUUACGGGAAGCACCAACCGGUAAGCCCGUAACGACGAUAGCGCACAACACAUCCGCCACCUCGGUGUACAUCUCGUGGAAGCCGCCACCACCGGACACGAUUUUGGGCGAGUUUCUUGGUUACCGUAUAACGUACCGUACCCGGGAUCGUCACGCAGAGGACGUGAAGGAGAUUUACAUUCGCGACAGUACCGUCGAGAGCCACGAGAUACACAAUCUGGAAACGUAUACACAGUAUCUGGUGUCGAUACAGGUGUUUAAUCCCGAAGGAUUAGGUCCACCGACGACCGUGCUAGUGAUGACCGACGAAGGUGUGCCGACCAAACCGAGGAACCUAAGCGUGCUGGAAAUAACGUCAACAACGAUCCGUAUCAGCUGGCUAGAGCCGGAAAAGCGGAAUGGUGUCAUCCACGGCUAUCGGGUUUAUUACGUCUACCAGAACCAAACGCUGCUCCAUCUGCCAAUCCUGAAGAACGACGCGGCCCAAAACUCCGUCUUUUACUACACGCUGACAAACCUGAAGCCCUACACGGAUUAUCGGAUCAUUGUGACAGCGUUCACGCUCAAGUACGAUGGUGAACCGUCGGAGGUAUCGCUGCGGACGGACGUGGGAGGGCCGAGUCCACCGAAGGUGGUGAACCUGACCUGCCAUUCGCUUGAUUCGCUGUUCUUUAGCUGGCGAAUACCACGCAUCUACCACUCGUCGAUCGAUUUCUACAUCGUUAACUACCGCAAUCUGGAGUACGAAGAUACGCACGAGAGACGCAUCUCGGCCAACGCGUCCAUCGUCGAAACGUCGAUGGUUAUUCACAACCUAACGACAAACAGUGCGUACGAGGUGAAGGUCCGUGCGGCGACCGUAAGUACGGUGAAUCCGAAAAAGGUGGUCCUCGGCACCUAUUGUGAACCGAUAAAGAUUACACUACGGGCGAAUUGUGAACAGUAUCAACCACCUCCGCUAAGACACAAUCCGUACGUUGAUCAGGAGCUCGUCAUUUUGGCCGGUAUCGUGAUCGGUUGUUUUGGGUUGCUGCUAAUCAUUAUUGCGAUAGUGUUGUGGAGGAAAUGUUUCCACGCGUCUUACGAUGCCGGUGGCCAAAGACCGUCGGAACGGAACGACCACAAACCGGUACAAUCGAAUGGUUGGAAAACGUCCUGCGAUUCGAACGGCAUCGUGCAAACUUCGAUUCCCUCGGAGGAGUACAUCAAUGGACAGCAGCAAGCGAUGAUCGAUCGAUUCCAUCGCUAGGCGUCGCUGCUGAGAUGACUGAUUAAUGGUAGGCAUCGAUCGGUACUCGAACUGCACCCAUCGACGACGACUGUUCACUGAACUUGUCUGUCUGUUUCGCUGUAGCUCAAAAACAGACAGGCAGCCGGGGCUGGGCAAGCUCGUGUGUUGGUAUGCCAACGUAUCGGACACCUGGCUGUUAUGGAUGGAAUGUACCUGACUAGGAUAAUUUAACAUAUAAGUCGCUUUAGAAACGGCAGAUGUAGUAGAAGUAAAAAUAAAAAAAAAAAACAUCGAAAUCUCGACUAUCCCGAGGAUUGUUACGUGUGUGACAGAGCAGUUGAAGUGCAGCAGUUAGUUCCUUGCCAAAUACUGGGAUGUGUUGUAAUUUUAGUUAUUUUUUGUUUGUUUUUUUGUUUGCUAUUUUUUAUCAAUAUGGCUAGGGAAAGAAGUGAUUUUUUCGUUGAACAAUUUUUAGUUCAUUACUGACUAUUUUUCAGUUCAUCGAUAAAACACUCCUGGUGCAGAAUAUAAUUAAUCACAUUUCUUAUUUUUUUCACUUAAAACUUGUUUUUUUUUCUACCACACGUCAAAAUGUGUGGUUCAGCUGCUCGUUUAAAAAACGAUCUCGGGUGUAAGAAAGGUGGUUGAAAAGUGCGCUAGUGAAGGACGGUUGAAGAAGCAAAAUCAGUUUUGCUAGCGCUUUGCGUAGCUGUUAGAAUAAUUAACUGUGCAUGUAUCAGAAAAAUUGCGGAAGUGAAUGAAGAAUGAAGUCGCACAAAAAUGCUGUGCGAACGUUGCCGGUUGAAUGCCUGUGUACAUAAACAUUCUAUUACUAUUUGCUAGCGAGAUACAGAUGAAGAGAUAAAAUCGAAAUGGAUGAAUAGUGCUAAUAAAUUGAAGGGAAAGGAAAAAAACUGAAAUAAAUGACUGUGACUGUCCAACGAAA